CACGUCGGACAUUACGGGUCUGAGAUCGCUGACGCAGCACUGCAGAUUCAGAGGAAAUCUGAUGAACCAGAACUACCGGACGUCUAUGGCAUCGGCAUGUGGAGCCGACCAGGGCCUCAUGAUCUUUUACCCAACCCAAACGAUAACAUAACUGGAUAUACUGGGCCCGGCAUAAAAGGUGUUCCAGAGUUCUCAGCUAACAGCUCAACAAAAAUUAUCUGUGGUAAAUCCCACUGCACCUUUCCCUGGAAGGCAAAGUUUUAUGGCAAAAAAAUUGGCUGCAAAUCUGACGUUACUAAGUUCACCUGUACGUGCUUGAAGAAAAGCUGUCAUUCAAAAAAGAUCGUGAAAUGCCUAAGAAACUUGGAAAAAGGAAAGUGCGUGGCAAAUCCAUAUCACAUUGACUGCCUACCAUCAAAUAAACAAACUUGUUGACCAU